ACUGUUUUUAUUAAAUCUGUUUUUGUAUUAUGUUUUAUUUUUCAGUUUUAUUCUGGUUUUAAUGCUAUUAUUUUGCUGUUUCUUUGUUGUUUUAGGCAUUAUAAUUGUUAUGAAGAUGGCUCAAAGAAAUUUACCCCAGGUUUUAGGCUAGGUGUUGAUUAUGUUGAGGAUAAAACUUGGUUUUAUCAUUUGGCUACAUGCGACAUGUUUAUAAACGACUCGCAUAUGAACACCAUAUUCUAUUACCUUCGGAAAAAAGGUAAAUAUUCUUCCGCUGUGACGUUGAAUUUUGCAACUACUGAUUGUCUCUUUGAUGAUUCCAUCCAAGCUUUGUACCACAAAUAUAACAAGGCCAAGUCAAUGAAGACUAAGAUGUCACACAUUCACGCUGCCCACCCAAUAGCGCAUUACAUUCGAGGUAUGCGCAUUCCCUGUUCCAAGCCUUGGUAUGAAGUCGAUCAUGUGUUAUUCAUCAUCAAUCUAAGAAGGGAAAGUCAUUGGGUGUUUGGUCGUCUUGACUUGAAUGAAGGGAUUCUGUUUCUGUAUAAUUCUUUGAGGACUGCGAAAAUGAAUGCUGCAGCUAGGAAUGCCAUGAAGGCUUAUUAUGUAUUGCUGCCUUUGUUUUUCGAUUUACUUGGUUUCUGGAAGAAUAGUGAUUGCGGAGCAUAUGUUGCUGCAUUUGCCGAAUUCUUUAUCCACGGAAAGGAUGUCCCUGCGGACUUUGACAUCAAAGUUUAUCGUACCCGGCUUGCUGCACUUUUCUUCUCAUAUGGCCAAAGGAAAAUUGAUGAAAGCAUUGAUAGCAAGGAUGAGAAGCAAAGCAAGUCUUCUAAGGCUUCUAAAUUGAAAAAAUAG